CAAGCAUGAAGCAAUACAAUUCGAGCCUAAUGUUUUGAUACUAGCCGUGCAUGAACGUAGUGCGUAUUAUGUUUACCAUACUUAUUGUAUCAUUGUUAAACGAUUCGAUAUGCAAGAUUCAUUGCUAGUAUACGAAAUUUUUGACCAUUUUAUACACUUACGGUUUAGUCCAUUCAGUAGUGCAUACCUGUGAAUCACGUUAUGGAGCCAAAAAAAGGAAUCGAUCGUGGAAAUCAUAGUGGGGGUGAAGUUUCCAUAGAAGGAGCAGAUGAUACUAAACUAUCUGAUAUGUUUGAUAAAUCUUUCAAAUUAUACAAUGAGCUUAACAAAAGUAAUGAACCGACAAAUAGUCAGGAAGUGCAGUAUAAUAUCAAAACAUUGAUGAAAAAUUUUGAAGAUGUUACAAAGUUAGUAUCAUUGGCAGAUAUGUAUAGCGGUAAUGAAAGUUUUGAAGAAAUAGCUACAGAAAAUAUAAAAUAUUUAUUGUUACCAGCAUUACUUGGUACGUUAACCACUAAAGUAUGUGGUACAGAAGAUAGAAUGCAUAUUGUAAAAGUUGCAGAAAUUUAUUUCAUUGAUUUUCUUAAAAGACUAAAAUCAUAUGGACUCAUCGAUAUUGAUAUUCCUGACAUUAAAGAUAAUGAGAAAACUGAAGAAACAGCUGUCGCUCUUAAAAAAUCAAAUGCAGAAGCCAUUGCCCAAAUGGUCAACUCAAGAAAUGCUAAAAUUCAAAGAUAUCAGAUGCAGAAAGAAUUAGAAAAAAAAUUAGAAAUGUUAGAAAAAAAUCUAAACAAUCCAAAUAUUGAUGAUGAAAGUAAAAGAGAAUAUUUUGUCACACUUAUAAAAAUAUUUGCUAAUCAAGCUUUAGAUGAAAUAAAUUCAUUAGCAGCUGAAAUUCCAAUUUUAGAACAUAUGAAAAAUAUUAAUCAUGACCCAUCGAAACAAGCUGAAAAGAAAAACUAUACAACGUCAAAGUUAAAACCUAUGAUUAUAACUAGAGAUUUAAUACAGAAACAAGUUUAUGGAGCUGGCUAUCCUAGUCUUCCAGUAUUAACUGUUGAUGAAUUUUAUGACCAAAAAAUUAGAGACGGAGAGUGGACUGAACAAAGAAAUAAAAUUGGAUCAAAGAGUUUACAAGAUGUUGCAAGUGGUAAAGUUGAUGAACAAUUAGAGCAAGAUAAAGAAGAUGAGGAAAAAGAAAGAGAAAUUGAGCAAGAUGAUCCUGUAGCUCUUGCUAGAGCUAGAGCCAUGGAUGAAUACAAAGAUACUCAUAAACGAGGUUGGGGCAAUAGAGCCAAUCGAAGCUAAACAAAAUAAACAUUUUUAGCUAUUUGUGAAAAAUUUCUGUUUUACAAAAACGAAUUUUUGUUACUUAAUGAUCAGAAAAUUUAGAAUGCUUUGCUCUUUAAAAUAUUUUUUUGAUCUGUCAUGAAGAUUAUAGAUCUUAAAUUUUAUCCCAAGCGGAGUAAAUAAAAUGUGCCCAAUUAUAUUAAAAUCAAAA